GAGCCGCGGCGGAGCGGGGGUGACACGUAAGUGCGGAGCUGGGGCCAGGGGGGGAGUGUGAGGGAAGAAGUCGCCUUUGUUUCUCUCAGGUGGUGACUGACGGCGCAGCCACCGUCCGGGCGGGUCCCCGCGGCGGGGCCGGGCUGAAGGCACCGCUUGAGGAGCCCGACCCGCAGGCCGCCGUAUCCCGCUCCGCUGCCCGCCCCUGCCGCGGGGAGCCGGGGCAGUCAGUCAGUCAGUCAGCCGGCAGCCUCCCUUCCCGCCGCCGGAGGGGCCGGGAAGCACUGGGCAGCCCCGCGGCCCCAGCAUGCGGAUGGGGCACCCGCCCCUUGCUCCGCAGAGUCCCGCCGGCUCCGCUCCCUCCCGCAGGCAGGGACAAACCGCCGAGGUGCCCAGGGGCUGAGGCUUUCGUCCGGCCCCUCCCGCCCUCCGUCCCGCCCUCCUCCUCCUCCUCAUCCUCUUCAUCUCGGGGCCUCCGAUGUCACCGUCUUCUCGCCCGCCGCCACCAGCCGCCCGCUGCUAAACUGUGAGGGGUGGGGGGCCCUCGGGACCCCGCCGGGGACAUGGGCAACGGGAUGUGCUCCCGAAAACAGAAGCGGAUUUUCCAGACCCUCCUGCUUUUGACUGUGGUGUUCGGCUUCCUCUACGGGGCGAUGCUGUACUACGAGCUGCAGGGCCAGCUGAGGAAGGCGGAGGCCACGGCGUUCAAGUACCAGCAGCACCAAGAGUCCCUCUCAGCUCAGUUACAAGUUGUAUACGAGCACAGGUCAAGAUUAGAAAAGUCACUACAAAAGGAAAGGCUUGAACAUAAGAAAGCAAAAGAAGAUUUUCUUGUUUAUAAACUAGAAGCACAGGAAACACUAAAUAAAGGAAGGCAAGACUCCAACAGCCGGUACAGCGCCCUGAGCGUGCAGCACCAGAUGCUGAAGAGUCAACAUGAAGAACUAAAGAAGCAGCAUGCUGACCUUGAGGAAGACCACCGAAAACAAGGGGAAGAGUUCAGCAGAACUUUCAAUGAUCACAAGGAGAGAUACUUGCAGCUGCAGCAGGAGAAGGAGCAGGAGAUCUCUAAGCUGAAGGAAUCCCUCUAUAACUUACGGGAGGAGAACAGACAGCUGAGGAAAGCUCACCAAGACAUUCACACCCAGCUCCAAGAUGUCAAGCAACAGCAUAAGAACUUACUCUCCCAACACAACCAGCUUGUAGUGACUUUGGAAGACCACAAGAGUGCACUAGCUGCUGCACAGUCCCAGGUGGAGGAAUACAGACAGCUGAAGGACACACUCAAUAAAAUCCCAAGUUUCCGCCAGCCUGAGUUCAAGCAACCAAAUGAGCAACCAGAGGUGCAAGCAACGUCCCCCAGCAGUGACCUCCCCACCCACCACGAAGCUGUGGCUGAAGAGCACAAGGAGAAUGAGAAGCUGAAAGAGAGAGAAGAAAUAAAUUCCCAGGAAAGAGAAGAAGACUCUGAGCGUUUCCACCUGCGAAGGAGCACUGGGGAGGGCCAGCAUGCCAAGGAGCUGAAUAUUCAGGAGCAACAAGAAGCUGGAGAGGAUGAUGAGCAACGUGUUGAUCAGGUUGAAGAGGAACGCAAAAAAGAACUUGAAGAGGAAGAAAUGGAGCAGGCAGGACAGCCUGAGCACUUAGAGGAAGAGCAGGAUCAAGCACCAGAGGAGCAUGAGUGGAAAAAACAGGAGCAGAAAGAAGAAGAAACCAACAUGCUGGGUGAUCAUCUUCAUUCAGAGAUAACAUCAACAAAAGCUGUCACAAAAAGACAGAAGUCAGUUUAUGAGCAGCAACUGGAGCAGCAGCACCUUGCAGCCCGAAGAGCAGAGGAAGCCUCUCGGCUACGGGAGCAUCAGGCAUCACUGCAGCAGCAGAGGCUGAGGGGACAACUGCUCAGGCAGCAACAGCUCCAGCUGCAGAAGGAGGCAGAACGAGGAGAAAAACUCUAUAAAAACAGGCUGAGCCAACAGGCUCAUUAUGAUAACGUGGACCAGGAUAUUGUGCAAGGGGAAGAAGAGCAAGGGAUUCAUGAAGAAGAAGCUUAUGAACGUGACAACCAACGCCAGGAUGAAGGUGAAGAAGAUGAUCAAAAUAAUGCAAACGAGCAGCAAGAACCAGAACAUCAAGCAGCAAAUCAGCAGGCUGGUGGAUCUAAGGCAGCUGUGGAAGAUGUGAAUCCUGCUGAUGACCCAAACAAUCAGGGAGAAGAUGAAUUUGAGGAAGCUGAGCAAGAGAGAGAAGAAAAUCUACCAGAUGAAAAUGAAAAGCACAAGCAGAGCAGUCAGAAACAAGGACACCCAGGAAUGGAAGAGCACCUAGUGAUGGCAGGAAAUCCUGACCAGCAGGAGGAUAAUGUGGAUGAGCAAUACCAGGAAGAAGGGGAAGAGGAGGUCCAGGAAGAUUUGACUGAAGAGAAGAAACGAGAACUGGAGCACAAUGCUGAGGAGCCAUAUGGUGAAAAUGAGGAAAAUGCAGAUGAAAAGAAUAAUGGAGGGGAAAAUCAAGAGCAAGAAAUGCAAGAAGAGAACAACCAGAGAGAAGUUCAUGAAGAAAAUUAUGAGGAGGAAGAGGAGGAGGAGGAAGGCAGAGCUGUUGCAGCCAAAACUCGGAGACGAGGGGAGAUGUAAUCCUCUGCCUUUUUCUAACAGUACACAAAUUCCUGGUUUGUCUUCUUGUUCUUUUUAAAAAAA